GAGCAUCUUCAACAACAACAACAUCAAAAGAAUUAUCAUAUAAAUCAGUCAUUGGUGACGAUUGACAACAACAACAACAGUGAAUAUAAUAAUAAUAAUUCAUUGAUCCAAAUGGAUCCAUUUAAACGUGCUGUUCAUCAUCGUUAUAUUGGUCUGGAAAAAGAAAAUAAUAUUGAAUGGAAAGGACCAUUUCGUUUUAUACAAGCUGCCGAUACACAAUAUGGUAUGAUACAUCAAUUUCAAACAAUAACCUAUAAUCAAGCAUCAUAUGAUGAAUCAAGACCACGUAUUGAUGAAUAUAAACGUUCAGCAAUUGGUAAAUGGAAUGAAGAGAUACGUUUAUCAAUAAUGGCAAUUAAACAAUGGAAUCAAAUGAAACCUAAACCAAAAUUUAUAAUUAUUUGUGGUGAUCUUGUUAAUGAUUUUCCAAAUGAACCAUUAAGACGUAAACAAUUAGAUGAUUUUAAACAAACAUUUAAUGAAAAUCUUGAUCAUUCAAUACCAUUAAUAUUAUUACCGGGUAAUCAUGAUUUACUUGAUCAACCAACAGUUGAUAGUAUUGAAAAAUAUCGACAAGAAUUUGGUGAUGAUUAUUUUGCAUUCUGGGUCGAUGGUGUUAUGUUUAUUGUUAUUAAUGCACAAUAUUAUAAAGAUAAUUCGAUGACCAAAGAAAUGGCCGCACAUCAUGAACGUUGGAUUGAUUCCAAAUUAGUCGAAGCAAAUGAAAAUAAUUAUAAACAUAUUAUCAUUUUUCAACAUAUACCAUGGUUUAUACAUGAUCCAGAUGAACCGGAUGAUGAAAUUUUUAAUAUUGCAAUCGAUGAACGUAAACGAAUGUUAAAAAAAUUCAAUGAUAAUGGUGUACGUGCCAUAUUUUGUGGCCAUUAUCAUCGUAAUGCUGGUGGACAUUUUGAACAAAUGGAAUUAAUUGUUACAUCAGCUAUGGGUGCACAGAUUCCUCCUGUUGAUCGUCGAGAAAUUGCUCGAAAAUCUGGUUAUCGUAUUGUUGAUGUUGAUGAACAUCAUCUUCGACAUGAAUACGUUGAAAUUGAUCCUACGAUAUAAAAUUAUUGAUUUUUCUUUACAAUCUCUACGAUGACAUAUAUUGAGGAAAAUAAUAAUCUUAAUAAUGAUAAAAUGACGACGGCGACG